AUGUUUCUCAAAAACAUCUCGAUAUGCACAAGACGUUUGAGGAAUACAAGAGUGCUCCUAGGAGAGCAAUCUCGCUUACUACUGCAAAAGAGAUUCCAAUCGUCCGUCACAUCUGAACUAUCGGCUGCACUCCUUAGCCGAGCUCGAUCAAUCGCAAAAGAACAUGAGAAACUUCGCGAUGUCCUCGGAGAAAACUUCGACACCAAAGUCGCCAAACGAUUGGGUGAACUUGCACCCGUCGCUCAAGCCGUAAAGGAUUGGGACAAAACACAUGAAACCAUUACAGAACUAAACUCCCUAAUUAGCGACCCUGAAACUGACUCCGAACUGAGAUCCCUCGCUCUCGAAGACCUGGAUCAAACCCAAACACAACUCCCAAUCGUAUCCGACAAGCUCAAAUCUGCGCUGAUCCCGCGACAUCCCUUCGCAGCGUUACCAUGUCUUUUGGAAAUUCGACCUGGCGCAGGUGGCGAUGAAGCUGGACUUUUUGCCUAUGAAUUGCUGAGGAUGUAUCAGAAUUUCUGUUCACGGAAAGGAUUGCGCACGUCGAUCGUGAAGCAGGAUAUGGAAGAAGCGAUAUCAAACGACCGUCUAAGCGAGGCUGUCGUCGAAAUCGAGACACCCGGUAGUUACGAUAUCCUUCGGACGGAAAUUGGUGUCCACAGAGUCCAAAGAGUGCCCGCCACAGAGGCCAAAGGCCGCACACAUACCAGCGCAGUCAGCGUGAUGAUUUUACCUAAUUUCCCAGAAUCCGGCGCAAACGAAGAAAACCUAAACUUCGAAGAUCCGAAUAGCGAUUACUACGUGAAUCCGCAGGAAGUCAAGUCGGAGAAGAUGCGCGCCAGCGGCGCUGGCGGUCAACACGUCAAUAAGACCGAGUCCGCAAUCCGACUCACACAUAUCCCCACAGGUCUUACCGUGUCUAUGCAAGACUCUCGAUCUCAACACGCCAACCGCAAAAAGGCAUGGCAAUUACUUCGUGCGAAACUCGCCGAACGAAGACGCGAAGCUCGCGAGGAAGAAAUGGUCAAAUUGCGUCGAGGCGCCAUGGGCGGCGUCGCGAAAAUGGGUCGAGGAGAUAAAGUGCGCACGUAUAAUUUCAGUCAGAGUCGAUGUACAGAUCAUCGCAGUGGGAUUACAGUGCAUGAUUUGGAUAGUGUGUUAGAUGGGGGGCAUGGGUUAGAGACUGUUAUGGAUAGUGUGCGGACAUGGCUUGUUGAUCGGGAUGUGCAGAUGAUGAUGCUGGAGGAGGAGAAUGCUUCUUCUUAG